AUGACAACCUCAAAGCAACUCGCAACGGCGCUGAAGGCGCUGCAUAAGCCCUCGUCGCCUCUCAUCCUUCCCAACAUCUGGGAUUACGCUUCUCUGAAGGCGGUCCUCUCACUCAAUGGCAGCGACACGGUCUCGGGCCCUGUCAAAGCCAUAGCCACGGCUUCCUGGGCCGUUGCCGAGUCACAAGGCAUCAAGGACGAAGACCUCACGUUCGAGCAAAACAUGGCCGCAAUCGGCCGGCUCGCGCCCCACGUCCAGGCCUCGGGGCUCCCAUUGACCGUCGACAUUCAGGACGGCUACGGGGCGCGCAUCGAGGAGGCCAUCCCCGAGCGGGGUUUUGGUGGCGGGAUCGAGGAGUCGCUGUACGGGGUGGAGGAGCAGGUGGACCGGCUUAAGGCGGCGCUGGCCGCCCCGGCCGCGGCGGGGUGCGAAGGCUUUGUGCUGAAUGCCCGUUGCGACGUGUUCCGGCUUGAGCCUUACUGCGAGGCCAAUGACAAGGCUUUUCUGGAGGAGGGCAUCAAGCGGGGGCGCGCGUACCUAGAGGCUGGUGCCACGACCGUGUUCUUCUGGGGUGGUGGUGGUCGAGGGCUACGAACGUCCGAGGUGGAGGUGCUCGUGAAGGAGCUCGGCGGUCGGGUUUCUGUGAAGCUUGGCGAAAAGGACGAUUCCCUGACGACAAGGCAGCUCGGGGAGAUGGGGGUUGCGAGGAUCAGCGUUGGACCUAGCCUAUACUCGAUCGCCAUGCGUGCUGUCGCCGAGGCUGCGAGAAAUAUUUUAUCUGGCGGAGGGUUCAAAGGAUGA